AUGACAUAUGUUAACUCAAAACGUUAUUGUGGUAAUGAUUUAACAAAAUUUAUCUCAAUGGCAUGUGGUUUUGCUGGUGAAAAAACACCUUGUUUAAAAGAUAAUGCUAAUGAUGUGCUAAACAACAUAUGCUGUAAGAAGGGUUGUACUCUUAAUGAUGUUAAGAAAGAAUGUUGUUGGACAAAAUCAUGUUUGGAUCGUUGUUAUCCUGGUAAAAGAUAUAAUAAUGGUGAAACUGUCAUUGAAAAAUUGUGUGGUAAUAAGUUACAACAAUAUAUGAUUAAAGCAUGUGCAUUUGCUAAUGAACCAAAACCAUGUAUGAUUGGUGAUAUAGAAAAAAUGAAAAAUGAUUGUUGUAAUAAUGGAUGUAAUAUGAAUAAAAUCUAUUUAUAUUGUUGUUUUACUAAUCAAUGUUUAAAACAAUGUUAUCCAAGUAAAAAUUAUACAAAUAAUGAAAUAUACUAA